AGGGGCCCCAACCCAUCCCCACCCCCAUUGAUCACGGGUUUUGUGGUGUGCACAGCAAUUGCUUGGCUUGCGCUUUUAUUGAGCAGCCCCUGUCUUGUGGUCAGCUCUUCAGAGACCUUGGAGUCCCUUCGGAUUUGGUGGUUGCUUCUUCAAUUCUUUCUUUCCCCCUUCCUCUUUCCUUUCCUUUCUUUCCUUUGUCUUCCUCCCUUCCCUCCCCAGUGAGAAGAAAGGCACCAAGAAGGAAGAGAGAAAGGGCUUGAGAGCAACAAUGGCUGAUGACCAAGACCUUUCAGAGGUGGAGAUGAGCCCAGUGGGCUCUGACGACCACCACUGCCUCUCGCCAGGACCCUCUAUGGUGUCGGACAACUCUCCACACCUUGCCGGCUCUGGGAACGGGGAGAUGGGGAAGGUCAAGAAAGAACAGCAAGACUCAGAGGCGGACGAUGACAAGUUCCCGGUGUGCAUUCGCGAGGCAGUCAGCCAGGUGCUGAGUGGCUAUGACUGGACCCUGGUCCCCAUGCCUGUCCGGGUCAAUGGAAGUAACAAGAGCAAGCCCCACGUCAAGCGGCCCAUGAAUGCCUUCAUGGUCUGGGCACAGGCUGCCCGGAGGAAACUGGCUGACCAGUACCCACACCUCCACAACGCUGAGCUCAGCAAGACCUUGGGGAAGCUCUGGAGGCUGUUAAACGAGAGCGACAAGCGGCCCUUUAUUGAGGAGGCAGAGCGGCUGAGGAUGCAGCACAAGAAGGACCACCCUGACUACAAGUACCAGCCCCGCCGGCGGAAAAACGGCAAGGCCACGCAGGGAGAGGGAGAGGGUCAGGUGGAGGGGGAGGCUGGAGGGGCUGCUGCCAUCCAGGCUCACUACAAGAAUGCCCACCUGGAUCACAGGCAUCCCGGCGAAGGGUCACCAAUGUCUGACGGUCAUCCAGAACACUCCUCAGGUCAGAGCCAUGGGCCCCCCACACCUCCUACCACCCCUAAGACCGAGCUGCAGGCAGGCAAAGCUGACUCCAAACGUGAAGGGCGUUCCCUGGGGGAAGGAGGAAAGCCACACAUUGACUUUGGCAAUGUGGACAUCGGGGAGAUCAGCCAUGAAGUGAUGUCCAACAUGGAGACCUUUGAUGUCAACGAAUUCGACCAGUAUUUGCCACCCAAUGGACACGCUGGCCACCCAGGCCACGUUGGUGGCUACGCAGCAGCGGCAGCUGCUGGCUACGGCCUUGGGAGCGCCCUGGCUGCAGCCAGUGGACACUCUGCCUGGAUCUCCAAGCAGCAUGGAGUCUCCUUGUCCACUGCCACCUCCUCAGUGGUGGACUCCAAGGCUCAGGUGAAAACAGAGGGGUCUGCCGCUGGAGGUCACUAUACUGACCAGCCCUCCACCUCCCAGAUAGCUUACACAUCCCUGAGUCUUCCUCACUACGGUUCAGCCUUCCCCUCCAUCUCCAGGCCACAGUUCGACUACCCGGACCAUCAGCCUUCAGGACCCUACUACAGCCAUUCCACCCAAGCCUCUGGCCUCUAUUCUGCCUUCUCCUAUAUGGGACCUUCCCAACGUCCCCUUUACACUGCCAUCUCUGACCCUGCGCCCUCUGUGCCACAGUCUCAUAGUCCUACACACUGGGAACAGCCUGUGUACACAACUCUCUCCAGACCAUAG